AUGAGAGUGUCUACAAAAGGAACUUUAAGGUGUCCCCGCAACAGUUUUUUUUGUAUCAGAGACCGUCCCCCACGGCAUACGGGCUUACACCAUGGUCCCCCGGCGAGCCCGAGAAGGGCCAGCUUAGCCUUAGACCCGCCUCCUCCCGCCUUACAGCUAAGCUCCGCAUCAGACAACAGCAGAGGCUCAAGCUUUGUGGAUGAGAAAACCCCCUGUGGACAAACACCCAUGAGAGAGGGGAAAGUGGUGGACCGGUACCUGUGUGGCGCUUUGUGGACCCCGUCCUGUGGGGGGAAUUGUGCAGACGGCCCCCUCAGAGCGCCCCCUGCUGGGCCUCUGCCCCUGCUGCUGUGUGGACCACAGCCUGACCACAGUCCGUGCUGCGUUCCAGUCCCAACAGGUCAGUUUCAGCAUUUAUUUUAUGGAUUCAUGAUUUGA